CACCGGCCUGGCCGCCACGGCGCAUGAGUUGAUGUCCUUACAGUCCGAUCCACGUUUCCAAUACACUCCUUAGGCACAUUUUCCUUGUCCAUUCGCUAUUGAAGGUCAUUUCUCCCUUGAAUAUCGUGGGGAGGGUUUCGGGGUGCCACGUCGAGCGCCACGCUCUCAAGAUGGCUUCAUUAUCCAGGACGUCUUCGUCGGCUGUCGCGAAUGUCAACGCCGCGGCGUCGAAGUUGUCUCAACGUCUGGGAUCAUCAGCGAGGAGAGAUUUGUCGACCGUCGCCACUCGAUCGAUAUCGCAGAGGUCGAAUGCAUUCAGAACACCCUCGACACUACAUCACGACUCGGUUUUCGCAUCACCAAUCUCGUUUUCGAGAUGUACUCCUUCCCGCCAACAGCGGAGUGACUACUCUGUUGCUUCAGCGAUUGCUCCAUCCCUAUAUCGGCCCUCUGCCGUAGAACGACGAUCGGCUGCCUCAUCACUCGACUCCCGAGCAACGGCCGCUACAACCUUUCUCGGCCUCAAUCAGCGACGAACACUCUUCCGAUCUCCAUGGGGCGCAAAUAGUAACACAAACCACUUGGCCAAUCUCGAACAGGUAGCGAACAACAAUCCCGGAAGCGCCACUGCGCAAAAUGCAUUCUAUCAAGCACUUCUCCGCCAGAACAUGCCCCAUAUCAUCGUCGAGCGCCACUCAACCGGUCAAUAUGCUUCCAAUCCAGCCGUAGAAGCUGCGUAUGCUCGUGCUUUGGAGCAAAGUGGUGGUCAAGAGCUUGGUCGUAUCGGAUCUACCAAUUUUGGACCAUCGUCGAACGGACAAGGUGGGCAAUUGAGCAGCGAGCAGCUCCAGGCUAUUGGUCAGGCUGUCGCGGCCAAGAGUCGAGGAUCUGGCGUCGCUACUGCUCGCAGUGGGACAGGCGGCAAGAAUGAGCCUCUCUAUGUGGUCGUCGAAGAGAGCUGGCGAACCACUCUGUUUGCCAUCUUCAGGACCGCGCUUUUCUACCUGUUUGCGCUCUACAUCUUCACGGUCAUCAUCACAUUCGGCAUGGAGAUGUUCACUCCGCUGCGGAAGCUUGGCGGUGCAUCAGGUGCGAAUGAAGCCAAACCGGAAUUGCAAAAGACUCGUUUCAGUGACGUUCACGGAUGCGACGAGGCAAAGGAAGAUCUACAGGAGUUGGUUGAUUUCCUCAAGAACCCCGACUCUUUCAGCACGUUGGGAGGUAAACUCCCCAAGGGUGUCCUGCUGGUCGGCCCUCCCGGUACCGGAAAGACCCUGCUUGCCCGAGCCGUCGCUGGUGAAGCCGGUGUGCCCUUUUUCUACAUGUCUGGCUCUGAGUUUGACGAGAUGUACGUCGGCGUCGGAGCCAAGCGCGUACGAGAACUGUUCGCCGCUGCCCGUGCGAAAUCGCCAUCCAUCAUUUUCAUUGACGAACUCGACGCCGUUGGAGGAAAGCGAAAUGAGCGCGACCCUGGCUACGCCAAGCAAACACUGAACCAACUUCUGACUGAACUCGAUGGCUUCGACCAGACGACUGGAAUCGUCCUGAUUGGCGCAACGAAUCUCCCGCAGGCGCUGGAUAAGGCUCUGGUUCGACCUGGACGCUUCGAUCGCAAUGUCUCUGUCCCGCUUCCUGACGUUCGAGGCCGAAUUGCAAUUCUCAAGCAUCAUCUCGAGAAGGUCAAGACUGACGCUUCGGUGGACCCAGCGAUCAUCGCUCGCGGUUGCCCGGGUUUCUCUGGUGCCGAGCUGGAAAACGUCGUGAACCAAGCUGCAGUGCAUGCAUCGAAAAACAAGUCGACCAAGAUCACCGAGGCGGAUCUAUCAUGGGCCAAGGACAAAGUUCUCAUGGGCGCCGAAAGGCGAAGUGCAGUCAUUCAGGCCAAGGAUAAGCUCAUGACGGCGUAUCACGAGGGUGGUCACGCACUCGUCGGAAUGCUUACUGCUGGCAACGACCCGCUGUACAAGGCCACGAUCAUGCCUCGUGGACAGGCGCUCGGAGUGACACACUUCUUACCCGAACUCGACCGAGUCAGCAUGUCCAAGAAAGAAUUGGAGGCACGCAUUGACAUGGCAAUGGGAGGGAAAAUGGCUGAAGAGCUAAUUUACGGAUCCGAUAAUGUGACAACGGGUGCGAGCAGCGAUAUCACGAAUGCCACCAACACUGCCUACCACAUGGUCACACAGGCAGGUAUGUCCGCCACGUUAGGCAACGUCGAUCUGGCGAGCGACUACGAAAGGCUCUCAAGCGAGACGAAGCAGAAGAUCGAGGACGAAGUGCGCAGAUUAGUCGAAGAGGGCCGAGCUCGAGCCUUGAAGCUGCUAACGGACAACCGCGCCGCUCUCGAACGUCUGGCGAUUGCCCUCGUGGAGUACGAGACGCUUGACAGAGAGGAGAUGGAAAAGAUCGUGCGUGGCGAACAGCUUGUUGGCAAAAUCAAGGCCGACCCCAAUGCUAUGAUCAAGUUGCCGGACAGCGCGCCGCCACCUCCUGAUAUUUCGGCGCCUCCUGGACCGAUCAGUUUGCCUGGCAUCACCACUGGAUCCUCGAAGAACGUGGAGUCGUGAGCUCUUGGCCGACCCGAUCAUGGAUUGAUUCCAGUAUACGUCGGCCUCACGAAUCCUAGCGAUUCAGUGGUCGUCAAUCACCUCAAGGAGAUACGUCUGUCCUCGGCGCCUCUAGAGUCGCAACGCCCUCAUCGACAACCGGUGAGAAAGACAAAUAAAAGGACGUCGUGCCGAGAAGCAGGGAUCACCCGUUCGCUUCAGACACGCCGUCCAAUGGAGUCUGGCAACUGCGGAGAGGGCGCAAUCGAGGAGUAUCCCUCCAACCCACCGUUUCAAC